AUGGACACUGCUGUGUUGCGGGCUGGAAGAAAGACGAGAUCGGAGAAUGUGCAGGGAGUUGCAAGGCCCUUUAAAGCUUAUUCAUCAUCACCAUCCCGACGCCAACUCCGCGUGCGCGCGGCGCCGGGGCGGGCAGCGGUGGGGCGAGCAGCAGCUGCUCGGCCGCUCGCCCCCCGAGGGCGCCGGGGUCGCCCGGGGCGAUGGGCGAGGGGCGAGGGCGCGCAGGCCCCGAGCACCCCCGCCGAAGGGGGCGGGCGGCCGAUUUAUGGGGCGGAGGCCGACCCGCAGCAGAAAACUGAUGAUGAUGAUGAUGAUGAUGAUGAUGGCUAA